GUCUCAUUCUGGCACUGACGACUUGUGGCAUUUCAAGACAACCCACCUGGACUGGUUCCGACUCCUUGCUGGUAAAGGACAUAACACUCAAGACCUCUUUUCUUACCUUUCAUGUAUUUCCGCCAACUUUGAUCUAUCCAAGCAUUGUGGCAGGUCCAGCGUACACUCUAUUUCGGUCAUCAUCACUGAUGCCUGCUAUACGAGCCGCCCUCGUAUUAUAGGGAGCUCUUGAAAGAGCCCUAGUUUCAUUGUCUCGACGUGCCUUAUUUUCAUUUUGGAGAUUGUGGACGUCGAAGGCGGAGAUAGAGCAGGAAUGUGUCUCCCAUCUAUGACUUCACUGGCAGCGGCGGCUACAGCCAUCGCAGUCAUGAGCAGUGGCGCCCCAACAUCAUCACCCACACCUUCAAUACCUGUACCCUCUUCCAUGGCUGGUCCGCAUCAUGAUUCUGAUGGAGAAGACAAUGGAGAAUGCAGACUGCUGGGUCCGUUUUCGAUUCUCGUCCAAGCGGCACUCGGAUCACUGGCGCUGUUGUCCUUGGUAUACAAGCGCUGGAGGGAGAGACCCCAGCGGCCUGUGAAGGUGUGGGCAUUUGACGUAUCGAAACAAGUCUUUGGGUCGGCAAUGCUACAUCUUGCGAAUCUACUCAUGUCCAUGUUCUCUGCCGGCCAGUUCGAGAUCACGAGCAAAUACAGGCCGAAUCCGUGCUCGUUCUAUCUUUUGAAUUUGGGGAUUGACACUACGCUCGGAAUCCCCAUUCUCAUAUUCAUUCUCCACAUUCUAAACCGCCUAGCGGCAUAUACUCCCCUAGCGAAUCCCCCGGAAUCGAUCGAGUCUGGAAACUAUGGCGCUCCGCCACGGGCCGCCUGGUGGUUCAAGCAGGCUAUGAUAUACUUCUUUGGGCUAUUGGGAAUGAAAAUUUGCGUCUUCUUUCUCAUUCAAUUACUGCCCUUCAUUGUCAAGAUAGGUGACUGGGCACUGCGCUGGACGGAAGGGAACACAGCUCUGCAGAUCAUCUUUGUCAUGCUGCUUUUCCCAGUGAUCAUGAACGCCAUCCAGUACUACAUCAUCGAUACUUUCAUCAAGAAACCGCUAUCUCAAACUCACGAGCUGCUCCAGGAAGAAGAUGAGGUGGAAGAUGCUUUGCUGGAUGACGGUCGAACACCGCGCAAUGCACUGCUGUCUAACGUUAACGAUGCUGAUACAUUUGGGCCGGAUGAAGGUAUUAUGGGAAAGGAUCUGGGCAGAAAUCUGGAACCGCCCGCACGGCUGAACGGAUUUGGUCAUGCCGAGUACGAUCCGGCUGUUGAUGGGGAGUAUUUCUCCCCAGCGUCAUCGGCGUCUGCCAGCUCCAGCAGCAGUCAUGGAGAAUACGAUGCAAUGUCAUCUUCCACAAAGCUUACACUUCAGAACAAGAGAUCAUGACGACCUUGUUUAUGCUUAUGCGUCGGCGUUGGGUGCUUGAUAUGGAUACUUCUGUGCCGAUGUCGCGGCCAGUCCUGCUUUUUUGUUCGCAGCCUUAUACACUUCUAAAUUUGUUUAUAGCGAUCCAGACGACAUGUAUAUGCUUUAGUCACACUCCAAUGAGAUAUCGACUCACCGUGCAAUCGAG